AUGCCCGUUCCUUGGGAGGCCCUAGUACCCUUCGCUCUUGUCACCACCAUGUUCGGUGCGGCGGGCACUCUCUUCAAGGUCUCCAAGACCCACCAGAACAACGGCCUCUACCCGCGCUAUAGUCUCGACGACUGGGAUGAGAUGAUGAUGGACCGGGACAGGCGGUUGACAGGACACUUCCGGGGAAUAUCGACAGAACCAAGUGCGCCGGAGAGUUUUACUACGAACAGUGCUUGGUACACACAGAAAGCUUCGUAG